AUGGGUUCAAACGUUUCAAAACAGGCGAGUCCAACUUACACUGCCGUCAAAGCUGAGCCCACCAUGGCCGUCUCCGAUGACACGGAACUGAUCGAAAGAUUGCAAUCGCUUCUAGUGAAGGAGAAAAUUUCGGUCAAAGCUGUAUCCAGAAUUGAGAAAUCCGGCGAAGAUAACCCACUCACUUCUGCCAGUUUUCUGAACUGGGAAUCGGAGUUGCUUUCGGACCCAAAGAACGAGCUGGCUCUCAACUGCUUCACCGGCAACAGCAUCACCGAUAUCAUUGCGAAGACUAAGAGUCAAUACUCUCACAAUUUGGAUUCUUUCAACUACAAGGUCGAUUUUGCCGGUGGUCCAAUUACAAACCAGCGUUCGAGUGGAAGAUGCUGGAUAUUUGCCUCCACCAACGUGUUCAAGAGUUUUAUCAAGCAGAAGUACAACCUAGACAAGUUUGAGAUUUCGCAGAACUACCUGUUUUUCUACGACAAGCUGGAAAAAUGCAAUUUCUUCUUGAACAACAUUAUUGAGUCAUAUGACGAAGAGAUAGACUCUAGAUUCAUCCAAUACCUACUCGCCCUUCCCAUUAACGAUGGUGGUCAAUGGGACAUGAUCGUCAAUCUGGUUGAAAAAUACGGUUUGGUUCCACACGAGCAAUUCCCCGAUUCUUUCAGUUCCACCAACUCCUCAAGACUGAACUACAUCAUUAACAACAAGCUCAGGGAAUAUGCUUUGAUUCUUAGAAAGUUGGCCUCGUCUGCUGCCAACUCGGAGAAAUCGUACGAAGCUACCAGAGCCUCGAUUCUCACCGUGAAGGAUUCCAUGUUGAAGGAGAUUUUCAACAUCUUGACCCUCACUCUUGGGGUUGCUCCUAAGCCAAAGGGUGAGUUUACCUGGGAGUAUUUUGACAAGUUUGGCAACUUUCACUCUGUCAACACCACGCCUCUGGGUUUCUACAACGAUAUUCUUGGUUUCAAGGCCAACAAGUACUUCUCUCUGAUCAACGAUCCGAGAAAUGAUUACGACAAGUUGUACACUGUUGAUAAGUUGAACAAUGUUCUUGGUGGAAAACUCAUUGAGUACGUGAACGUUGAUUUGCCAGUCUUGAAGCAGGUCUUGAUAGCUAUGAUCAAGAACAAUGAGCCUGCGUUCUUUGGGUCUGAUGUUGGAAAAUUCGAAGAUACUCCUUCUGGACUCAUGGACGUCGACUCUUGGGACUACAAGCUGGGCUUCAACACCAGUCUCAACAUCAACAAGCGUGAAAGGCUUUUGACUGGUUCAUCUCAGAUGACUCAUGCCAUGGUGAUCACCGGUGUUCAUCUGGAUGCGGACGGUAAGCCCGUUAGAUGGAGAGUUGAGAACUCAUGGGGCCCCGAUGUUGGUCACAAAGGUUUUUUCGUUAUGACUGACAAGUGGUUCGACGAGUAUGUUUUCCAGGUGGUUACUUCAGCUCAAUAUGCUCCUAAGAAGGUGGUUGAUGUAUGGAAGAGCAAGGAGUUCAAUGUGCUGCCUUACUUCGACCCAAUGGGCGCAUUGGCUUGA